CUCGGACCAUCUCCUGACUGUUUAGAGUAACGCAAGGGGUAAGCCAGCCUGUUGUUUGUCUCUGCUGAAGGAGAUGCUCAGUACACGGUGCAAGGAGGGUGACCAAGCGAAGAGUCACACAUAAAGACAGAAGGGUCAGCAAUGACCCCAGCCUUCUCUCAGCUCCCCUCGGACAAGGAGAACGUGGAGAUGAAUCCCCAAACAGGGCCGGCGGAGCCCCCGGAGCCCCCGCACUCACCCGCGGAGCUGCUCAGAUCCAACCUGUACCAAACCAACCCGCUCCGAGACAGCGUGCGGAGGUACCUGCAGCUGCCGGCAGACCAGACGGUGCUGAUACUGCACGCCAAGGUUGCACAGAAGUCAUAUGGCAAUGAAAAAAGGUUUUUCUGCCCUCCACCUUGUGUUUACCUGAGUGGGCCGGGAUGGAAGCUAAAGCAGGAGCAGAUAAAAGCCGGGGACCUGGGAGAGGCGAGUUUUCGGGUGUGCGGGUACAUGGGGCUGGACAGCAUGGGCAGCAGCCUGAUGGAGACCCAGAAGCUGAGCUUUGAGGAGCAGCCGGACGCAAAGCAGGGCUUCGGCUGUGCCAAGGCGCUGUACAUCUCAGACGCCGACAAGCGCAAGCAUUUCCGUCUGGUCCUGAAGCUCUUCUUCAGCAACGGGCAGGAGAUCGGCACCUUCCACAGCAAGCUGAUCAAGGUCAUCUCCAAGCCCUCACAGAAGAAGCAGUCGCUGAAGAACACAGACCUCUGCAUCUCCUCAGGCUCCAAAGUCUCGCUCUUCAACCGCCUGCGCUCCCAGACCGUCAGCACCCGCUACCUGUCCGUGGAGGGGGGAGCCUUCAUCGCCAGCGCCAGGCAGUGGGCAGCCUUCACCCUCCACCUGGCUGACGAGCCCAGCACCCACAGCGAGUUCCCCCUGCGGGAAGGGUACAUCCGCUACGGAUCCGUGGUCCAGCUGGUCUGCACGGCCACCGGCAUCACCCUGCCCCCCCUGAUCAUCCGGAAGGUGGCGAAGCAGUACGCCAUGCUGGACGUGGAUGAGCCCAUCUCCCAGCUCCACAAAUGCGCCUUCCAGUUCCAGGGCAGUGACCGCAUGUACCUGUGUCUCUCCAUGGAGAAAGUGAUCCAGUUCCAGGCAUCUCCCUGCCCAAAGGAAGCCAACCGGGAGCUGCUGAAUGACGGCUCGUGCUGGACCAUCAUCGGCACUGAGACGGUGGAGUACACCUUCAGCGAGAGCCUGGCCUGCAUCCGCCAGCCCGUCAGCCCAGUGCCGCUCAUCGCUGCGCUGCAGCUCACAGGUGGCGGGGACGUGGCCAUGCUGGAGGUGCAGGGGGAGUAUUUCCACACACACCUCAAGGUCUGGUUCGGAGACGUGGAAGCAGAGACAAUGUACAGGAGCCCCAAGUCCCUUGUGUGCGUCGUCCCCGACGUCUCAGCCUUCAGCCGCGACUGGAGGUGGCUGCGAUACCCCAUCACAGUCCCGCUCCUGCUGAUCAGAGACGAUGGCCUCAUCUACUCCAGCUCAUUCACCUUCACCUACACCCCAGAGCAGAGCUUCAUCCUGAGACAGCCAGUUCUCUCAGAUGUCCCCCAGGACUCGGACAAAUUACUUGACAGCAUCCAUCAGGAGUUCACCAGGACCAACUUCCACCUCUUCAUGCAGAGCUAGCGAGCUGGGCGGGCAGAGACUCAGCCCUGAGCCCUGUUGGGGUUCCCCAUCCGACACUUGGGGUGGCCCUGCCAAAGGGUCCUCCCCACACAAACGCUCACCGCAUUACUGGGAUUUGCUGACUUGUCGCUUCUUUGUGGCAUCAUCAUGCUGCUGAGAUCUCACAUGAGAGCAUCAAUAAAUCAGGCUUCAAGGAUUCUU